AAAUUUACAAUGCAAUAAUAUUUCCUUUUCGUCGAAUGUGCACAUUCGGGAUUACGGAUUCGCGGGUUUGCUAAACGAAAUCGUUCCGUUGAUGGAACUUGCAUCAUAUCUCGACAUAUUUUCAACGUUCGUUAUCUAAUCAAGUCCACCACUCAACCGCUGAAUCUGAUCAUUCUUUAUUCAAUCAGUCUAAUUUUUACUCUGCACUCGUGCGGACCUCUGUUUUUGAUAUUGAAAUUCGCGUGCACGUUAAUAUUGUGUCCAAUAUGGAAGAAACGGUUUUGGACACGUUGGAGAAUGAUAGCAUAAUACCUGAAGACGUGCAAGAGAAAUUGUCGAGACUGCUCGAAAGAUAUCAACAGCUGAGCGACGAGGAUAAAGAGCAGUUUCAGAAGGGCGCCGUUGACGUAUUGACGAAGACUCUGCGAAAGUUACCCGGCAACUCGAUUUUAUCCACGUGGCUCGCGCCAUAUGAAUCUUACAUUCUAUUCAUUUUCGCGGUAUCGUUCGUGGCGAUUCCUCUUGUGUUGGGCGCCCGUCAAUUGUACUGGCAUACACGGGAGCGAGAGCUGAGUCAAACAGAGAAGAAAAAACUCAAAAAACAAAAAAUAAAAGUGAGACAACAAAAUGCGAACAUGAAGAAGAAACAGCAGAAGACGACAUAACAUAUGUUAAUCUUAUAUUUUAAUGAAAAAAAAAAAAAACUUAUUGACGAAAGUGAAGCAAAUUCUUAUAAUCAAUUCAAAAAAAUGCAUGAUGUUCUAUCUAUCAUAGACAAAUUUAAUAUAUGUUGAAAUAUUUGUAUAUAUAUUUUGAAGUAUGAUUGUAUAUCAUUAUCCAUGUAUGAAUAUAUAAUAAUAUAUAAAGUUAUAUAUAUAUAUAUAUAUAUAUAUAUAUAUAUAUUCAUUACAAAAUUUACAAUUCAUAUUUAAUGCAUACAUAUGAUUUAUACAUAUAUUAUAAAAAUGUUCUACUUUUAUUUUAUAGUAAUAUUUGCUACAUAAAAUGAAAAAACUAUUGUUUUUACGAUUUACUUUGAUUUAUCUUAACUAUGUAUUAUAUUAUAAAGUCUUGAUAUUGUAAUAUUGCAUGUAUAUUAUCUAUCUCUUUUUGACAAAUUAAUUAUAAUUAAGGCAAGUGGAGCAUAUAUAAGAAAUAUUAAGGAU